GCGAAAGUGAGAGAGAAAGAGGGAGAAUAUUUACGACUGUGACGUUUAGUUUACAUGAUAUAGAUUCUUUGGUGAAUGAGUACUUUAUAAAAAAACAAAUCCAAGUAUCAAACAUGUCUUUGGCAGACGAACUUCUUGCGGAUCUUGAAGAGAACGAUGACUCGGACGUUCCUAUAGAAGAACCGGAGCCGAAUUUCAUCCCGGCUUCGGUGUCCAAAGUUAUAGAAGAAGAGAUAAAAGUAGCCUCUGUGCGAGAGCUGGCCAAGUUACGAGAUUCAGAACAAUUGCAGAAGGUGAUGUUACAGAUCGAGAUGUACAGCAAAGUACCCAGAAAGUCAUCCGACAUUGUAGGACCUGUGGAAUCCGAUCCAGAAUAUCAAUUGAUAGUCGAGGCUAAUAAUAUGGCCGUAGACAUCGACGACGAAAUAGCUACUAUUCAUAGAUUCACAAGAGACAAAUAUUCAAAGAGGUUUCCUGAGUUGGAGUCUUUGGUAGUAGGACCGUUAGAAUAUGUGAUGACAGUUAGGGAAUUGGGUAAUGACUUGGAUAGAGCUAAAAAUAAUGAGACUCUGCAACAAUUCCUCACACAGGCGACAAUUAUGGUUGUGUCUGUGACUGCAUCAACGACUCAAGGCCAGCUGCUGACAGAAGAGGAGAAGGAGGCUAUUUGCGAAGCAUGUGAUAUGGCAGUGGAAUUAAAUAAUUGUAAAUCAAAGAUAUUCGAAUAUGUAGAGAGCAGAAUGGCAUUUAUUGCACCAAAUCUGUCGAUAAUUGUCGGCGCAUCAACAGCUGCUAAGAUUAUGGGUGUCGCGGGUGGCCUGACGAAACUUUCCAAGAUGCCAGCCUGCAACGUUUUGGUCUUAGGAUCUCAGAAAACUACUCUCUCCGGAUUUUCGCAAGUUACCACUUUACCUCACACAGGCUUCAUAUAUUAUUCUGAGAUUGUACAAGAGACACCACCUGACUUGCGACGGAAAGCGGCGAGGCUGGUAGCUGCUAAAAGCAUGUUGGCGGCCAGAGUGGACGCCUGUCACGAGAGCACAGAUGGUCACAUUGGACAGAUGUUGCGCGAGGAGAUUGAGAAGAAACUGGACAAGUUGCAGGAACCACCGCCCGUGAAAUUUGUAAAGCCGUUGCCGAAACCAAUCGACCCCGGGCGGAAGAAACGCGGCGGUAAGCGCGUCCGAAAAAUGAAAGAGCGUUAUGCGAUCACGGAGUUCAGGAAGCACGCCAACAGGAUGAACUUCGCGGAUAUCGAGAAUGACGCUUAUCAAGAGGAUCUUGGCUAUUCACGAGGUACGAUUGGCAAGGCUGGUACAGGUCGAAUCAGGUUACCGCAGAUCGACGAGAAAACGAAAGUCCGUAUAUCUAAGACGUUGCAAAAGAAUCUGCAGAAACAACAGCAAUGGGGAGGCAGUACUACUGUUAAGAAACAGGUCUCUGGUACAGCAUCCAGUGUAGCUUUUACUCCUCUGCAGGGUCUUGAAAUCGUCAACCCACAGGCUGCGGAAAAGAAGGUGAACGAGGCUAACGCGAAAUACUUCUCCAAUACAGCUGGCUUCCUGAAAGUUAAGAAAUCAUAGAUUUUUGAUGUAAAAAUAAGCAAGAGGAAAUCGUUGUAUUUAUUAUCCUAAUUAUCCUAAUGUAAAUUUAAGUAUUCAGUUCUUUUAUCACUUGUCAUUAGCAUGUAGAGUUUUUAAUUAUUUAUAUUAGAUUGUGAUAAAACAAGUAUGGAGGAAACGAAUGAGACAUUUAGAAACAAGGGGAGCACAACAGUUGCGGAAGAAAUAUAUUUCGUAUAUAAUCCGACAUACCGUUUCUAAUCAUCUUCAAUAAAUAUUUCGACGUCGUCGUCAAA